UUAAUACCCCAUUCUCCUGCCCUGCUUUCAUCUCUCAUCCAUAAAGUUUACCAUGAGGAUUACUCAAUUAUGCCUAUGGUUAUUGCCUACACUUCUUCUUCUCUUCAACGAUGCUGCAGAAGCACAGUCCAUUGUCAAGACUCUUCCGGGUUAUCCCGGUCCUCUUCCUUUCAAACUAGAAACCGGAUACAUAAGUGUUGGAGAAAAAGAUGAAAUACAGCUGUUUUACUACUUCAUUGAGUCACAAAGGAACCCGAAAGAGGAUCCUCUUGUACUUGGGUUUGGAACUGCAGUAAAAGGAAAUGAUAAUAAGACAAAAGUUUCUGCGUAGUUAGAGGAGAGAAAA